CCUCACCCUUGGAUCGCAUCCGCCUUCUUUAUUCCUCCUUCCUUUAUUUGUAUAUUAUUUAUUUCUCUCCUUCUCCACCACUCCUCUCUCAGCUCUCUGCGUUUCAGAUCUGACCAUCCCCACCCUUCUCUCUCUCCGCCCUGAUUCUCGUGCUUGUGAUUUUCAGGGAGAGAAAGUCGGGGUUGUUUGGUUUCUCUUAUCGUCCAUUGGCGAUGGUGGAGGCACAGACAUGGACUACGAGGAGAAUGAGCAAUCCCAGGUUGCUGGACACGGCGGCGACUGACAAAGUCCUCGACAUUCCAGCCACCCCGCCUGGAGAUGUUCGGAACAACGCUUACAGCUUCGGAUCCCGCCUCUCCCCCAGUCUAUGCACUGCCCUCAUCAUUGCUUCUUGGUACCUCUCUAACAUCGGUGUUCUCCUUCUCAACAAGUACCUGCUCAGCUUCUAUGGCUAUCGUUACCCCAUCUUCCUCACAAUGCUUCACAUGCUAUCUUGCGCCGCUUACAGCUAUCUUGCCAUUAAUUUCCUUGAACUCGUUCCUCUCCAACAAAUCCACUCCAAGAAACAAUUUCUCAAGAUCUUUGCUUUGAGCGCCAUUUUUUGCUUCUCUGUUGUCUGUGGCAAUACGUCGUUGAGGUACCUUCCGGUUUCUUUUAACCAAGCAAUUGGUGCCACUACUCCUUUCUUUACUGCAAUAUUCGCCUUCCUGAUUACUUGCAAGAAAGAAUCUGGUGGGGUUUACUUGGCCCUCUUGCCCGUAGUUUUUGGGAUUGUUUUGGCCAGUAAUAGCGAACCUUUGUUUCAUUUAUUUGGGUUCUUAGUGUGUGUUGGUUCCACUGCUGGGCGUGCCCUGAAAUCUGUGGUUCAGGGCAUUUUGUUGACCUCUGAGGCAGAGAAACUUCACUCCAUGAAUUUGCUUUUGUACAUGGCUCCAUUGGCAGCCCUGAUAUUGCUUCCCUUCACUCUUUACAUUGAAGGAAAUGUGGCGGCCGUUACGCUUGAAAAGGCUAGAAGUGAUCCGUUCAUCGUGUUCUUGUUGGUUGGGAAUGCAACUGUGGCUUAUCUGGUGAAUCUGACGAAUUUUCUGGUGACAAAACACACCAGUGCGUUGACGCUGCAAGUUCUGGGAAAUGCCAAGGCAGCUGUGGCGGCUGUUGUUUCCGUUUUGAUAUUCAGGAAUCCUGUCACAGUAAUGGGAAUGACGGGAUUCGCCAUUACCAUCAUGGGUGUGGUGCUUUACAGUGAGGCAAAGAAGAGAUCCAAAGCUACCACUCAUUGACAAUAAUUCUCAACAUUCUUUUGUUUAUUUGCAUAAACACGGUGAGCUUAUUUCUUCUUUUUUAUUGCACAAGUUACCUUUGUUUUAAUUCGAUUUCUGUGAAAGAUAGGGGGAAUUGGAUCAAAUUACGGCAAUUGGACUGUAUAGGAGGGAAGGAGAGAGGCAUAGAAUGAUGCUCUUAUUCUCUAUAUUUGUCGCGGUUUAAUGUUCUUGGUAAAGGUGGUGAAGAGAACCCAAAUUCUGUCUCUCUUCGCCUUUGUAACGUUGUACUAUGCUUGUUAUCCAUUGGCAACACACACAUAAAGGAUUCAAAGACAAAAAAACUUAAAUGUAUGAGGGAGGAAAAUUUCCCUUCACUUCAUUUUGUCUAUCUUUGAUUCUAUUUUUGUCCUUUGGUUAUUCUACA